AUAAUUUCUCUUCUCUUCUCCUUGACCAACUCAGAUAGACUGUUCUCCUUCACUCUCAAAUUUCUUCGUAUACUCCUCCCACGCACACCGCCGUGGCAAUCGCGGUCUCCAGUCUCGGUGGCGGGCUCCAAAUCCGCUGUCGUCGGUGGCAAGCCUUGACUUUUAGCGGCAACGACUUCGCCGUGGCCACUUGCGCAUUUUCUUCUCCUCCGCCAUAGCCCAGUGGCCAUUUCCUCUUCACCGCCAGACCCAGAGCAGAGCAUCUUCUUUCUCCCCCACAGUUCCGGCGAGACUCCGACGGACCUUGACCAUCAACCGCUAGUCAUUCCUCCUCCGCACGAGCUCGCCGCAAGCUCUCCGUCGUUGGAGCCCUCAUCUUCUUGCCGCUCUGCGACGUCUGGACCCUAGGCCGCCUGCCGCUGCCAUCUCCGUUACAGGAGAGAGAUCUGAAAUUAGAACAUUGUAGAACCUGUUCGGUGACAGCUAAGGAAAUUCAAAUUUUGUACUUGACAAGUCAAUAUAGGUGAGCUGGAAAGCCUACUGUCAGUUCAGUUCAAGUGGAUCAUAAAGAAGAACAAAGAAUGAGUAGAAGACCACCUCCUGAUCCCGUGGCAGUGCUACGAGGCCAUCGAGCUUCGGUCACAGACAUUUCUUUUCAUCCCUUUAAGCCGAUAUUAUUCUCCGGUUCUGCUGAUGGUGAAGUGCGAAUUUGGGAUACCCUUCAACAUCGAACUUUGUCAUCUGCAUGGUUACAUAGUGCUGCACAUGGUAUUGUUGCUGUUGCUUGUGUUUCUUCCCUCGGGACCAAUAAAUUUGCCAGCCAGGGUAGGGAUGGAACUGUAAAAGUUUGGGAAUUUGAUGAUGCUGGUUUGUCAAGGAUCCCAUCACUUACAAUCAAGACAAACAGUUACCACUUUUGCAAGUUUUCCGUGAUGAAGAAUGAUUCUGUUGGGUCAACAGAAGGGAAAGAAUUAGAAGAUUGCAACAGAAGAGAGCCAGGAGGAAUGUCUGAUAGUGAAAUUCUGGAGGUUAAAAGGGACGAGGCUUACACCAAUAAAAGUUGUUCUACAAGCUUUGGAGAAAAUACAUAUAGUGGAGGGCUACAAUGUGUGGCUUUGUCAGGGGAGAACUCUUCAGAGGUCGAAAUUUGGGAUCUCAAGUCAGCUGAAAAAAUUGUACAACUCCCUUCAAGCAAUCCCAUUAACUCUUCAAGUGUUAGCAACAGAGGGAUGUGCAUGGCACUUCAAUUGUUUUUAUCAUUGGAAUCACAAGGAUUUUUAAAUGUCUUGGCUGGAUAUGAAGAUGGUUCCAUGCUUUGGUGGGAUAUACGGAAUCCUAAAGUUCCAGUAACUUCUGUAAAAUUUCAUUCUGAGCCAGUUCUGAGCAUUUGUAUUGACGGGUCUUGCAAAGGGGGUAUCUCAGGAGCAGCGGAUGACAAAAUUAUAAUGUACAGCUUGGAUCAUUCUUCGGGUACUUGUGUAGUUAAGAAAGAAAUCAGUUUGGAUCGACCAGGCAUAUCAGGCAUCUCAAUUCGACCUGAUGGAAAAAUUGCUGCAACUGCUGGCUGGGAUCACAGGGUGAGGAUAUAUAAUUACCGCAAGGGAAAUGCUUUAGCUAUUUUGAAGUAUCACCAUGGCACAUGCAACGCUGUAACUUAUUCCUCUGAUUGUAAACUUAUGGCCUCUGCAUCGGAAGACACAACCGUGGGGCUAUGGGAAUUGUAUCCUCCUCGAAUAUGAUAGGAAUUUACUCAAUGUUGUUGAUAGUUCUACAAUAUAACUUUAUUAUCAAUGGUCAAGUAAUCUUGUGCUAAAAAUAUUUCUUUCAAGGUUUGCACCUGCUAUACCCUUAAAAUAGAAGCGUAUGUUUUUCUUUCUGAAGAGAUUAUCUAGCGUUAAUGAAUUUAAGUUUUCUUCUUUGGUA